UGUUGUUAAAAGUGAAACAGAUGUUUUACUUUUGCUCAGAGAAAAAUCUGCGAAAUGGGUGCCUGAGCUUGGAGUCUAUGAAAUGGAAGGAGAAAAAAAGGGCAAUCUGGCCUGCAUAAACCUUAAGACACUCAGUGAUUCUUUUCCUAUUUGUUUUUACAACAGAGGUGUCAGAUUACUCCACCCACUUAAGCAUAUGCCAAAAUGGAGCAUGUGAAGGAGAGUAUUCAGAAAGCUUUGCCAUCACUCAGGAGUGAUCUGGUUGAGUCAGUUAUCUCUACACUUGAGAUGAUUGGUGUAAACUGUGUUGAAGACCUUGGUUUCGUCAGGACAGAGGAUCUUGAAGGAAUUCUAAAACCUAUCCAGUGUAGAAGACUGAUCCAAGCUUUCAGCACUGAAUUGCAAGCUGACUCUGCCCCAACUACUGAACCUUUGCAGCUGAAUAGCCACCAGCUGCAACUAUCACCUGUGACUCCUGGUUCCUGUGAGGAAUAUCCUGUGCCAUGGCACAAAAUGCCACCCCAAGUUAUGGUUGCUGUUGAAGAAAAGAAAAGACCAAAACCUAAAGACAGAAGGGAACUUGUUCGCAUUAUCAUUGAUGAUGUUCUCGGUAAGGACCAAAUAAGGCCUGGAAGAACUAAGUUGAGGAACAUUGCACAGCAGAUUGUAGAGCAAUAUCCCUGCUCUUUCCAAGACAGAGAGGUCAAUGGAAUUAAAGUUAUUGGAACAGGAUAUGAUGCUCUGUUUAUACAGCUUGAAAACAGAGUUGAAAAUGUUAUGAGACCAUUGAGCUUUGUUUCAACAAAGAGACCAGGCGAAGAUGAUGUGAUGGCAUCACAGAAAAAGUGUUUGUCUUCAAAUCGCUAUGGUUGUGUGCAGUGGCAGCCAACUGCUGAGAAUGUGAGAAAUCUAGAAUUCACACAGAAACAACUGAAAACUGCCUUCCAAACAAAUAAUUUUCCAGAGUCUGAUGUUCGAAGAAUGAUGGCUGAAACCUACAGCAUUCAGCGAGCAGCAAUCAACAAAGGAAACUCCAUCAUCAAGUUACUAGAAGACUGGCCUUUUCUCUUUGAAGCAAUCCACCUGUUUGAUCACACAACCACCCUUCUUGGCUUCCCAGUUCAAACCAGACUGGCAGAGGAAUUGUCAAAAAAAGAAAAUACAAUAAAAGACUUCCUUGGGUCCAGAGGGGUGGAUAUUCCAGGAAGCGAUGUUGUCCAGCUGAUUAGUGGAAUUGCAAAAUUCUUCAAUGAGAAACCAGCCCAACUAUUUUGUCAAAAUGAGCUGCUGCACCCAGACAGUCCUGAUCAUGACCUGCCAAGCACCCCAUGCAUCUUUGUAAUGGGYGAACAGCUUUUUAAAGUUGCUGUUGACCAAAUGAUUGUGAAUGACCACAUCAAGUCACCCAUCGCUGCCCUAAGCUACACCUUCUCCAUGUUUUAUGUCUUGAACAUAAAAUAUCCAAAAGACAUGUCCCUGACACUGGAAUAUAUACAAAGGUUAGUAUAUUUUUGUGGAUAUUUUGAAUUAUUUGGCCUGA